UGUCGUUACGACCUUGUACCAGUUAAAAGUGACAGAGUCGCUUUGUACACACACACGCACGUUGACUCGUAAAGGGAAAGAAAAAAUGACCCAGUAUAAACUCUUGGUGAAGUCAGCUCGUCAACUGGUGCAGGUAACUGACUCGGGAGAUCGAGUUUUGUAUGGAAAACACAUGCAGAAUGUGGCCGUAAUUGACGGGAGAAAUGGACAGGGACUCAGUCUUGUCGUCAACAGUGAUGGACUAAUUGCCGAUUUUGGCGAAGAUGACGUCAUUAAAGCCAAAUAUGCAGAUGCUACAUUUGACCGCACGAUUGAUGCAACUGAUAAAUGUGUUAUUCCAGGCUUUGUGGAUGCGCAUACACAUCCUGUCUGGGCUGGUGACCGUGUUCACGAGUUCGCCAUGAAGUUAGCCGGUGCAUCCUACAUGGACGUGCAUAAAGCUGGCGGAGGGAUACAUUUUACCGUGGAGCACACACGAGCAGCCAAUGAGGAGGCGUUGUAUGACCUGUUCAAACAUCGUCUGGAGGCGAUGAUUCGCUGCGGGACUACACUGGUGGAAUGUAAAAGUGGCUACGGUCUGGACGUCGACACAGAGGUUAAAAUGUUAACGGUUAUAGAAAGAGGGAAGCAAGAAGUGAACAUCGAUAUAUCGAGCACUUACUGCGGAGCUCAUGCCGUACCAAAAAAUAAAAGUCCCGAUGAAGCUGCGAAGGAUGUCCUGGAGGUACAGAUACCUCGAAUCAUGGAACUAAUGGCAGCCGGAACACUUCACGUCGACAACAUUGACGUCUUCUGCGAAAAUGGAGUCUUUGACGUCACACAAUCACGUGACAUCCUAAUGGCGGGAAAGCGUGCGGGCCUGGCUAUCAAUUUCCACGGCGAUGAGCUGCAUCCCAUGCACUCUGCUGAGAUGGGCGCUGAAAUAGGUGCACUCGCCAUCAGCCACUUGGAAGAAGUCUCCGAGGAGGGCAUCGCGGCCAUGUCUAAAGCGCGGACCGUGGCCGUCGUGCUACCCACCACCGCGUACAUCCUCCGUCUGAAGCCACCUCCGGUUCGGCGGAUGAUAGAGGCAGGAGUACCAGUCGCCUUGGGAUCAGACUUCAACCCUAACGCAUACUGCAUGUCAAUGCCAUUGGUGAUGCAUCUGGCUUGUGUGACACUGCGCAUGUCCAUGCCGGAAGUGCUGGUGGCGGCCACACUGAAUGCAGCCGCUGCUCUGGGUAAAGCAGACACACACGGUUCCAUCGAGAAGGGCAAAGUUGCCAACUUACUGGUUCUGGAUGCACCAAGGUAA